AUGACCAUCCCGGAAAUCCCCACCGUCUUCCUCAAACCCUCGACCUGCCUCGCCGACCCCUACCCGUCGCCGACCAUCAUCCCCAAGCACACGAUCGCCAGCGACUCGGCCGACUACGAGUCCGAGCUGGCGAUCGUGCUCGGGCGCGAGGCUAAGAACGUGUCGGAGGCCGACGCCCUCGACUACGUGCUGGGGUACACGGCCAGCAACGACAUCUCGAGCCGGGCCUCCCAGUUCGCCCAGACCCAGUGGUGCUACUCCAAGGGCUUCGACGGCGCCUGCCCCAUUGGCCCCGUCCUCGUCUCCAAGCGCCUCGUGCCCGAUGUCGGGAAGCUCCGGCUGCGCGGGCUGAAGAAUGGGAAGGUUGUGCAGGAUAGUGGGCUGACGGACCUUAUCUUCUCGGUCGAGCAAAUUGUCAGCUUCCUUUCGCAGGGCACGACGCUGCCCAAGGGGACCGUUAUUAUUACGGGCACUCCGGCUGGCGUUGGGUUUGCGCACAAGCCGCAGGAGCUGCUGCAUGACGGGGAUGAGUUUGUGGUGGAGAUCCAGCCGCAUAUCGGGAGCCUGUACAAUGUUAUGCAGAACGAGAAAUGA